UGCAGGUCCAUCUGAAGCAAUCAGACCGCUGGUGCACCUGUAGUGCUGCUUCCAGGAGGACGCUGUCUGGAUAAAACAAUAACAAGUAGCCUAAACCACUUCAAUAUGAUCAAAGGUGUUUGGAGGCAGAGCGUCUGCAUGACAUAGACGCACACUGUUCAGGACAAAGAGAGUCGUCUUCUUUCAAAUUACGAUGCAUCUCAUCGGGGUGGUCUUAAUUCUGCUCGUGACGGGAAUAGUAAAAGGUUGGGAAUGCAACGCAGGGUGCAGCACAGAAAAUGGGUUUUGCGAGAAGCUGGGGAAGUGCAGGUGCAAACCUGGAUGGGAAGGGGAGAACUGUGACCACUGCAUCCCUUUUCCUGGCUGUUUGCAUGGCACAUGCAAGAAAGCAUGGCAGUGCAUCUGCAAAGAGGGCUGGGUGGGCAGUCUGUGUGACCAAGAUAUUCGCCUGUGUUCAUCCAAACCUUGCCCCAGUAAUGCCACCUGCAUAGAGAAAGGAGAGGGAGGAUACCUGUGUCUCUGUCCCCAGGGCUACACUGGAGAAAACUGCCAAAUGAAGCAAGGACUCUGCCUUCUAAAUGGAUCUCCUUGUCAAAACGGCGGCACUUGUUUAGACACCAGCAGUGCAGCAGCCGACCCUUCCUGUUUAUGUCCCCCUGGAUUUUCCGGACCCUUCUGCGACAUCAGUGUUGGCAGCUGCCAGCCGAACCCCUGCCUGAACGGUGGCAACUGCACGGAUCACGGCCUGGCUUUCACGUGUACCUGUCCACACGGCUUCAGCGGUUUCACUUGUAAUGACACCAGCAGCCUCUCUCCAUGCGCGGGAAGGCCUUGUGCCAACGAGGGGACGUGCGUCGGUCAGCCUGACGGAACCUUCCGCUGCAUUUGUCAGAAAGGGUUCACAGGUACCACCUGUUCCCUUCAUCACAGACAGAGAUCGCGAACCAAGCCUGCGAGUCCCAGACCAGUGGAGCACAGAGAGUUUGCCAUCACACCGCAGCACUAUUCCCUUCCUGCUCACGCCUUUCACAAGCUGCUCAGACCACCGGAGAGAGACCUGCUCAAGAUAACCCUGAAGGAAUCCGUCCACUCCUCCGGUGUCCUUGUCACCCACGGCCAGCUCAUCUGCUUCGGCAUGCUGGCCUUGCUCACCGUCCUGGUUAUCUUGGGUACCACAGGAAUAGUCUUCUUUGGCCGCUGUGAGACGUGGCUGGCCAACGCCAAGUACAGCCAGCUUGUUCGGCAGCAGCGAGAACACCUGCUGAGAGAAUCUGGCAGCACCAGCCAGGAAGAGCCGGAGCACUCUGUAAACAUCAUCCUGCCAGAAAAGAUUAGACUCUCCAGCUUUGGGAGGCACUACACCUCCAUCUGAUUGAAUAUCUCCUCUUGUUACCUGCUCCCUGCGGAGAGUGAAGGUCUCGGUAUAAAGCAGAAUGAAGUACUGUCACUGUGCAGCUGUUUAACACAUUAAAAGAGACGGAGCUGAAUGUAUUCCGCUCUGAGCCAGGUUACACUGGAUUGUGAAUGUUUCCAUCUGUCAGUUUAAAAUACAUUAAAGUUGGAAAUGUAUUUCUGUUAUAUAUCUUAAAACUUUUAGUUUUUUUGGAACAUUUCCCCCUCUGAUUGAUUAGUGAUGAAAGUCAAUUUUAAUUAUGUAAAUCCCUUUAUUGUCCCACAGUGGGGAAAUUAAUUUCCCUGCUUUUUACCCAUCCCCUCGGGGAGCAUUGGGCUGCCAUUGUGUAGCGCAUGGGGAGCAGUGUGGGGUUAGGGUUUUGCUCAGAGAGCCAGAAUGCAGGCUGUGGGGAUCGAACCAGCUACUUUCAAUCUUCUCAGAGCACAAGCGCAUUGACUUAAGCACUAGGUCAGCACUCCCCUUAAAAUUGAGUAGAAAUGGGGAAAGAACAGUUACCCAUUUUAUUAUUGUAUUUUCUUUUUUUUUACCGUUUUUGAAAAUUAAA